AAUGUUUGUGGCAUAUUUAAAUAAAUAGACGUUGAUAUGACGAUGCUGGCAAUGGCGCGAAGUUCUGAGGAUAGGAGAGAGGACGAAGCUGAAGCGGAGGCGGAGGCGAACGGCGAGGUGGACGUCGUCGGCGUAGAAGAGGCCGCGCCGGUUGACCUGACGAGGCGACUCGGGCUGACGAGGCCGCCUGACCGACCCGCUAUUGCGUUUUCCGUUGAAAAUAUUCUAGACCCCACCAAGUUCACUGGACGAUCGGAAGUGCCUCUGCGCUAUGAUGAGACGUACUGGAGACCACAUUAUGAUAGAGAUGACAGCGAUUCUGUCAAAGAUCAUCUGCAGCACUCGGACCUCGAAGCUGAUGAUGUGGAAACAGACGAUCAGACAUCUAACAUGGAUGAUGACAUAUUAACACAAUCCGACCUUGACGAAAAUGGGGAUCCAAAGAGUCCCACGAGUUCUAGUUCGAAGAAGUGUAAGAAUGGUUCCUCUAGAGACUCUAAGGGGGGGACAAAGCCAAGAAGAGCUAGAACGGCAUUUACAUACGAACAACUAGUUUCCUUGGAGAAUAAAUUUAAGACGACAAGAUACCUAUCUGUUUGUGAACGUCUCAACUUGGCGUUAAGUCUCAGUCUGACGGAAACGCAGGUCAAAAUAUGGUUUCAAAACCGUCGGACAAAAUGGAAAAAGCAAAACCCUGGGAUGGAUGUGAACAGUCCCACCGUGCCCCCACCACCUGCGGGGGCUUUUCCUUCUGGCCCUUAUCCUGGGGGUCUCCUGUACUCACACGGUGUCCCAUAUCCGUUCACCGGCCCGGGACCCUAUGCGCCCUACUUUCACCAUUUAGCCACAAAUCACCACCACAGCCACGGGUCCUUAGGUCACUCCCACACGUGAUUAUGGCAAC